AUACUGUGACAGACUGUAGAUCUGUCAUAAUGUUAGCCACUGUGAUUCUUUUAUAUUCGAUAGUUUUUAUUGCUAAUGGUGAUGAUUUCACUGAUAAAUCCAUCGAUCCCGCGUGGGAGGAAAUGUUCUCAGCUGGCGGUUUACAUGUGGGAUCUGGAAGGUCUAAAAGAUUCGUCGAAAUGAACCCUAACCAACCAAAUAUGCCGCAUCAAGCGUGCAUGUUACCGAAUGGGAAGUCAGGGCACUGCAGGCACUUGCAUUACUGCGUGCAGGAUGAGUUCAAGGCAGACUUCGGCAAGUUCCUUGACUAUCUCUGCAUCAUCCAGCGAUCAUCUGUUGGCGUAUGCUGUCCAGAUGAAUUUGCAGAUAUUGGCGCAAGAAGUUUAGCUGGCGAUCUACCAGCCACGGCCCCAAAGGAAGAGAAUAUGGAAGCUAUUCUCAAAGUAAAAAGGGCUGAAAAUAGAGGUUGCGGGCUAAGCACAAGAUCGCAAAGGCGCGAAGUAGGCAUUCGGCCCACCAAUCCCCGUGAGUGGCCUUGGAUGGCGUCUAUCACUCCUCAAGGCUUUGCACAAUACUGUGGCGGAGUCCUUAUCACCGAUAGGCAUGUCCUUACCGCUACACACUGCACAAGAAGAUGGAAAGCUGAGGAGCUGUUCGUCCGCCUAGGUGAAUACGACUUCACGCGCAAUAACGAUUCACGGUCCUACGAUUUUCGCGUCGUGGAGAAACGCCAGCAUCUCGAUUUCCAAAUGCCUAAUUACCACAACGAUAUAGCGAUACUUAAGCUGAACAGGCCCGCUGUGUUCAACAGCUACGUCUGGCCCAUUUGUCUGCCGCCGGCGGGAAUGAACCUCACCAAUCAGAGAGUUUAUGUUAUUGGAUGGGGUACAAAGCACUUCGGCGGUGCCCACAGCAACAUAUUAAUGGAGGUAUCGGUACCCAUAUGGGAUCAUCAGCACUGUGUCGAAGCAUUCGUUGACUCCAUUUUCGAAGAGAGUAUUUGUGCUGGAUAUCCUCAAGGUGGCAGAGAUUCCUGUCAGGGUGAUAGUGGAGGUCCGUUGAUGUACCAGAUGCCGAGUGGUCGUUGGGUGGUGGUAGGUAUAGUGUCGUGGGGUAAAGGAUGCGGGGAACCAGGCCGUCCAGGCAUAUAUACACGCGUCGACAAAUACCUCGGCUGGAUAGUAGAUAACAUACAAUUCUGAUACAAUAGGAAAUAUUACGCAAAAUUCGGUAUGGUAGCAGAAUAGAACAUGUUAUACAAUUUUUAUUUUGGGAUAAUUUGUCUUUUGGAAAGUAAUAAUUCUCAUUCUUCUCACAUCCGAAUAUAUAGUAAUGAUGGAUUCAAUUACUCUUUCUUAUUAUAUAUUUAAAAUUACUUUAUUACUACUCUGUGAAUGACAUUUGAUGUUUAUAAAAAAUGUGUUAGCGCUGCAAGCUAGCCACAAAUAGUUGCAGUAAUAUAUCCAUUUGCAGAUAUGUUGAGAUUAUCAAUAAAAUAAUAAUAUUU